UAUAAUUUUAGAGCAUAUACCUCUUUAAAAGUCCUGCAGCACACCUGCAAUUCUUCAAGUGUUGCACAUACUGAUGGGCGAUAGUCACUUAUUAUCAGUGAUUUACCCGUUAAUUCAGCCGCUACUGUUUAACAUCGUCACAGUUAUCAAAAUGACUAUUGCUUCGAGAUAACGCGAUGUACCAUCGUGGUAGUGGCUGCGGAUCGGCAAACAGUGAGCUGUAAGAUGUACUGGAAAACGGGCCUCGUCAUAGUACUGGCUGCUUGGCAGGUGCAAGCUGAAACACUAAUACCUGCCGACUACGUUGAAAAUGUUUUCGCCAAAUCAUCCCAACGGAUAGUGUCCGGUUGGGAGGCGCUGCCGGGCCAGCUGCCUUAUCACGUGGCGCUGCGCCAGGUGAACGCAGCCGGCGGCGUUAGCGCAUGCGGCGGCUCGCUCGUGCACCGCUCGUGGAUCAUCUCGGCUGCACACUGCACUGCACUUCAAGUGACGCUGGUAGUCCGCGCCGGCGUCGUGGCCCUGAGCACUCCGCAGUACAUUUACGAGACGACGGAAUGGUACAACCAUCCCACGUUCAACGACCAGAACCCAAUGCUGGUGCAGCCGAAUGAUAUCGCCCUGAUCAAACUGCAGAGACCUGUUACCUACUCCAGAUUGUUGCAACCCAUCCGAGUGCAGAGCAACUCCGAAGCGUUUAGAGACUAUGGUGACGAGAUCGUGGUGGCGAGCGGACACGGCCGAUUGUGGACUAAUGGCGCCUCUCCCGAAGUAUUGAACUGGGUAUACCUGCGCGCCGUCACCAACGCUCGUUGUCUGCAGCUGUUCGGUAGCACAGUCAUCAAUGACAACUCCAUCUGUGCUGGACCGUACAACGUCACCUCACAGUCUACUUGUCAGGGAGACAGUGGUGGUCCAUUAGUCCAUGUGUCCAGUGAUGGAACGCCAGUUCUGGUUGGCAUAGCAUCCUUCGUGGCUGGCGGAACUCAUGGCUGUCAUUCCGGUAUUCCCGCUGGUUUCGUUCGUCCAGGCCCUUUCUUAGCAUGGCUUGAAGAGGUUUCUGGAAUAGACUUUGAGAACAUUGAAGAAGAUGGAGUUACUACACCAGAACCGGAAGUAACCAACCCUCCCACAACAACUCCUGAACCAGAAGUGACCAAUCCUCCCACUACAACCCCGGAACCAGAAGUGACCAACCCUCCCACUACAACCCCGGAACCAGAAGUGACCAACCCUCCCACUACAACCCCUGAACCAGAAGUGACCAACACUCCCACUACAACCCCGGAACCAGAAGUGACCAACCCUCCCACUACAACCCCGGAACCAGAAGUGACCAACCCUCCCACUACAACCCCGGAACCAGAAGUGACCAACCCUCCCACUACAACCCCGGAACCAGAAGUGACCAACCCUCCCACUACAACCCCUGAACCAGAAGUGACCAACCCUCCCACUACAACCCCGGAACCAGAAGUGACUUAUCCUCCCACCACCACCCCUGAACCAGAAGUGACCAACACUCCCAUUACAACCCCUGAACCAGAAGAGACUAACCCUCCUACGACAACUCCCAACCCUCCCACCACAACCCCUGAACCUGAAGAAUCCACCGAGGAACCGGAGACCGAAGAGGAAGAUGAAAGCGAAGAAGAUAGCUCGGAAUCCGAUGAGUGUGACCCUGAACUCUCUGAACUUCUUAAAAAAUUGCAGGUUCAGGUCAAGGUCAAUGUUAAGCUAAACAAAUACGGAGUUAAACAUAAGUAUCAUCAUAAUAAAACUAAAACUCAUCAUAAGUAAUGUGAUUCUUGUCAUAAUAAAGUCAAUAUCAUAAUCAUUUA